CCAUUCGCCGGUCAGCUCCGGGCACAAGCCGAAGCCGAGCUUUCGGUGCGACGUCUGCAACUACGAGACGAACGUGGCGCGCAACCUGCGGAUCCACAUGACCAGCGAGAAGCACACGCACAACAUGCUGGUGCUGCAGCAGAACGUCAAGCAUAUGCAGACGUUGAGCGCGCUGCACCACCAGCAGCACCCGCAGCCCCACAUGGACAAUUUGUAUGGCAUGUACCCGAGCUUGGGCGAGAAGCCGGAGGCGGCGCUGGCCGACAUGGCCUACAAUCAGGCCCUGCUGAUCCAGAUGAUGACGGGCGGGCAGCUGCCGGGACACGCGGGCCCCGCCGAAAUGGCCGCCCACUCCGACCUGGGCCUCAACCCGGAGACGAUGGAACCGCCCCCGGAGCCGGCCGACCUCGACCCCGACAAGACCUUCCAAUGCUGCGUCUGCAACGUGUUCCAGACCGACGUCCUGGAGGACUUGGGGCGGCACCUAGCUUUAGACAGAACUAGACUGAGAGAGCAAGAGAUCCUGGCCGUAGUGGCGGGCCAUUACGUGUGCAAGCUCUGCACGUACAAAACGAACCUGAAGGCCAAUUUCCAGCUACACUGCAAGACUGACAAACAUCUGCAACGGCUGCAGCACGUCAACCAUGUGAAGGAGGGCGGCCCGCGCAACGAAUGGAAGCUGAAGUACGCUUCGGCGCCGGGCGGCGUGCAGAUCCGCUGCAACGCCUGCGACUACUACACGAACUCGGCGCACAAGCUGCAGCUGCACUCGAACGCGGGGCGGCACGACGCCGGCGUUGCGCUGCUGAAGCACCUUCUGGAACGGUGCAGCGGUCUGCAGCCGAACCAACCGCGCGUGUUCCACUGCUCGUUGUGCGGCUUCUCCGCCACCAAUCGGCUGCCGCUGCUGCAGCACGUCCGCUCGCUGAAGCAUCUGCAUAUGGAGCAGCUGCACCAGCUGCAGCGCCGCGCCGAGGGCAAGGAAUCGUCUCCGGAGAUCGGGGAAGUGUUCCAUGUGGUGCCUGGACCGGUCGACCAGCAGCAACCGCCGCCACAACGUCAAACACCUGCGAACAUCCACACCGAAUAAUAGCGCGGCGCUGAAUCAGGCGUCUUCCAGAGAGUUUGGCCGAUUGGACGGCAGCAACGAAGAGCUGAUGUCGCCCAACAGCGACGACACCAACGAGAGCGAAAGCGAGCGCUGCAGCGCCUGCUCGAAGACCUUCAGGAACGUGGACGAGCUGUGCAAUCAUCAGAACGAGACGGGCCAUCAGCUGGAAAUCAAGCAAACGCCCAGCGGGCCGGGGUACCUCUGCUGGAAGAAGGGCUGCAACCAGUUUUUUCCAACGGCGCACAGCCUGCAGAUGCACUUCAAAGAAGUCCACGCGAAAAACUCCAUCACCAACAUGUCGGUGAGCGAGAAGCACGUCUACAAGUACCGGUGCAACCAGUGCUCGUUGGCCUAUAAAACAGUGGAGAAGCUGCAGGUGCACGCGCAGUACCACAUGAUCCGGGACGCCACUAAAUGUGUGCUGUGCGGGCGCAGCUUCCGCUCCCUAGUGGCGCUGCACAAGCACGUGGAGAGCGUGCACUCGGAGCUGACCGACGAGGAGCUGAACGCCUACAAGCAGAGCCUGAUUAACAACCCGCUGCUGCUCGCAGGCCUGCAAGGCCAGAUCCUCGACUCGUCGGCCGGCGAGUUGCUGAAAAACAGCCUGCGGGUGGAGGACACCGAGAGCUCUGCAGAGCUGGACGACAGCAAGGACCUGAACACUAGUCAGGAGGACAGCAUUCAGAACGACGGCGAGAACUCGGACGACAGUAUGGUCUACAAGGACCAGCAGUGCUUGGAGGAGUACUUGAACUCGCCAGCCAUGGCUGAGGACAGCUACAACGACCCGAACCGGAAAUACAAGUGCCAUCGCUGCCGCGUGGCCUUCACCCGACAGAACUACCUGACCGGCCACAACAAGACGCUGCUGCACAGGAAGGGGGAGAAGCUGACCUAUCCAAUGGAGAAAUAUCUGGACCCGAACAGGCCCUUCAAGUGCGACGUGUGCAAGGAGAGCUUCACGCAGAAAAACAUCCUGCUGGUGCACUACAACUCGGUUAGCCACCUGCACAAGUACAAGCGCUCGAUGCAGGAACAGUCCAACAACAACAACAAUUCGCCAGUUUCGAUGGGCGCACAGGCGCCCAACGCUCAGCUCACACCCCCAAAGGGCGAGGACGACGACAAGAAGCGCUAUCGCUGCAAUAUAUGCAAAGUGGCGUACACUCAGGGCAGCACCCUGGACAUUCACAUGCGUAGCGUGCUGCACCAGACCAGGGCCAGUAAGCUGCAAGAUCUGGCCAUGAGCGGCCAGAUCGACCUUUCGAAGCCCCUAAUCGAGCAGCCAGACAUAAUGGCAUCCCCGAAACAUCCCUCACCACUGUCCGGGGAAGGGGACGCGACAAAACCGGCCGCCGGCUCUUGCCCUACUCCACCCAGCCCAGGUAGUUCAGGGUAUUUCUGCCUGAAGUGCAACAGCUCGUUUAGCAACCCCGACCAGUUGAAUUCGCAUCAGCUUUAUUGUCUGUUCGCAACCCCCGUCAGUAGUGGUUCGUGCGUUGCCAAAGAGGAUCGGCAUGAGCCGGACAAGGACGCAAACUUCAUGGGAAUGAAGAAAGGCUCUCCGAUAUACAAACACUUGCUCGAGGGCUAUGGCUUCGAUCUUGUGAUGCAGUACAAUGAGGGCAGCCAUCAGCGCCGCCAGCAGCAAGAAAAGGAGAGGCUGGAAGCCGAGUGCAGCAAAGACAAGUGCAAUACUGAUCCAGAGAAUGUAGCGCCCGACGUCCUGCCGGACGCUUCGGACGUGUCCGAUCGCAAGGAGCAGAACAGUCCCGAUCCCGAGGUUCAACAACAAACCUCAGCCGAGAAGGACGACGCCGCAUCGACGCUGCCUGAAGUGAGCAAAUCCACAUGCCAGACCUGCAACAAGGAGUUUUCCAGCGUGUGGGUGCUGAAGAGUCAUUGCGAGGAAGUGCACAAAGACCUGGUGCCCUCCGACUAUGUGGAAAAGUACGUUCAACAGUUGAAAAGUGAAAUCGAAAAGAAAAAUGUGGUGGUCACGGCCGCGACCAGUUCAACAACAAGUGCCCAACCCAGAGUGUCCACCCCCGUUUCCGAAGCGACCUCACCGGACGAAAACAAGGAAGCCGGCAAGCCCUUGCAGGAGGCUCCAACGGCUCCUACAACUCCCACAAGCAGUGUCACUCCUGCCAGCUCCACCGACUCGUUGCCUGCGAACAUCCAGGCUGUGCUGGCACAGAGCAUUGCACAAAACCCGAUGGCUUUCGCGCAACAGAUCUCCGACAUGCAAACGGCCUUCAAUGUGAUUCAGCUGCAGCAGCAGCUGAACAACUUCACGCCGAUGAUGCAAAUGAUGGGAAUGGGACUGCCGCUAGGCUUAAAUGCCCUGGCUGCAAUGAAUCUGCAGCCUCCCAUCGUGCCCCUGAUGAUGCCUCCUCCUCACUUCGACUCCAUGGGGCAAUUCAGUGCACAGGAUCAACAGAACAUGCUGGUGAAACAACAGGCGGCGAUUUUACAACAACAACAAGCCGUGGCGAACGCCAACCAGAAACGGGCGCGAACGCGCAUUACCGACGAACAGCUGAAAAUCCUGCGGGCCCACUUCGACAUCAACAACUCGCCCUCAGAGGACCAGAUCCAUGAAAUGGCGAAUCGCAGUGGGCUGCCGCCCAAGGUCAUCAAACACUGGUUCAGAAACACGCUCUUCAAGGAGCGCCAACGAAACAAAGACAGCCCCUACAACUUCAACAAUCCACCCUCGACCACGCUCAAUUUGGAGGAGUACGAGAAGACCGGCGAGGCCAAAGUGGUGCAACUGAACAGCUCGUCGAGCAGCGGUGCCGACGAGGCAAACAAGAGCAAGGAGUCGCCAGUCGCGCCAACGAUGGCCCAAGUUGCAGAGGUCAAAACGGAAAUCAAAGAGGAACCGCUCGAAGAGCCCAAGUUCGAGAUGCAAAAGCCCAGCGAGGUGAUGGAGGAGAGGAUGCAGAACUACUUCGGGCUUCCGACCAACUUCCAGCCGCCUCAAAGUCCCGCCACUUCAGUGGCUUCCACCGAGAGUCUCAAUGUGUCCUCGCAGCCCGCUACCCCAAACAACAUCACCCUCACCUCAAUUAUCGCCUCGCAGUUGAGCGACACUCUCACCAGCAGCACUUCGACACUCAACUUGGCCCCGCACGGGUUGGGCAGCAGCAACAUGCUGCCGCCCCCAAAGGUCAACCAGCAAACGUUCUCCAAUCCAGGCCUGCAGGGGAUGCUGCCGCUCACAUCCAGCAGAUGUCUGAGCCCCAGCCGCGACUACAGCAACUCGGGCAGUCAAGGCUCGGGCGGCUCAACAGGAAAAAGGGCGAAUCGCACCCGGUUCACCGACUACCAAAUCAAGGUUUUGCAGGAGUUCUUCGAGAACAACGCCUACCCCAAGGACGACGACUUGGAGUAUCUGUCCAAGCUGCUGCAGCUCAGUCCCCGCGUGAUCGUCGUGUGGUUUCAGAACGCUCGCCAGAAGGCCCGCAAAGUCUACGAAAACCAACCGGCCGUCGAAACGUCGCCUGGCAUAGAUGAGAGCGGCGCCAAUCGGUUCCAGAGAACACCCGGAUUGAACUACCAGUGCAAAAAGUGCAUGUUAGUGUUCCAACGGUACUACGAGCUGAUCAGGCAUCAGAAGACGCACUGCUUUAAAGAGGAGGACGCGAAGCGGAGCGCCCAGGCUCAGGCGGCUGCCGCACAGAUGGCAGCCUCCUUCAGCUCAGAAGACUCGAACUCGAGCACGGCCGUGGAGCAGAACCAGGCAGCGCAAGGCCAGCCGCAGAACUUGAUGAGCAAUCAGAGCCCGGGGCCCAGCAGCCCACUCAACUCCAGCCAGGGCAACUUUGCGAGCUCGUCUCCCACGCCGUCUGAGCCCAAGGAGGGCAGCUUCCAAUGCGGAACCUGCAACCAGGUGUUUCCGCGCUUCGAGCAGUUCAAAGAGCACGAGCUGGUCCACUUCAUGAACCCAAACUUGUUUCCCAUCUAUGCGCCCGACAGCCCCUUUGGCAUCUUGCAGCAGCAGGCGCAUCUGCAGCAGCAGAUGAACGCCAGCAUGGGCGAGGCCAAGCAGGCGCCGCCCAACUUCCCCAACCCCUUGAUCGACAUGCUGAACAACGUCACUGGACAGCGCAGGAAGUUCGACGAAAUCGCGGACGGCGAAAGCGACACCUCAGAUCAGCCGAAAGACAAGCGGCUCAGAACCACCAUUUUGCCCGACCAGCUGGAAUACCUAUACAAAAAGUACCAGUGCGAGAGCAACCCGUCCAGGAAGAUGCUGGAGAACAUCGCCAGAGACGUGGGGCUGAAGAAGCGGGUGGUUCAGGUGUGGUUCCAAAACACUCGGGCCCGCGAACGGAAGGGCCAGUUCCGCGCCCACUCCCAAGUGAUCAACAAGCGAUGCCCGAUUUGCCACGCCCUGUUCAAGGUGAAGAGCGCCUUCGAGUCCCAUCUGACCAGCAAACAUCCGGAACAUUGCGCCCGGGGGGAAAUCAACAUUGACGCCCUGCCCGAUGAGGAGAUCAGUUUGGAGAGCGCCCCCAGCCUGUCGGGGGGCAGCGACACCAAGUUCCAGCCGCAGCAGCCGCCGGCGCACCCCAAUCUGGCUCCUGCAGGACAUUCGGCGCGGAACAAGCCCAGCGCCACCAACUUCGGGCCCUCGUUUUUCGAGGACAAGAUGAACCGCUUCUUCAACGAGAUCCAAAUGCACACGGCCGGCACCAACGGCGAAAAAACCGAGAUGAAAUCGGAAAAGGCGGAAAGUCGUGAAGCUCCCCUGGAUCUGUCCAAACCGGUGGACCUGUCCAGGCCAAUGAAAGUGUCCAUGGAGCAGGGCGGGUUGUGCGACCCCGGGCCCUUGACUGACCUGAGCGAGCGGUCGCUGUGCGACGAAAGGAGCGACUCCAUGUCGGAGACCACUGAGUACAUUGAUGACGAAAGCAACCCCACUUCGCCCGCCAGCAGCACGCAAAGUCUCAGCCAGCGGCAGAUGAGCUCCUGCGGAGGCUCGCAGGGCGGCAACAAGCGCUACCGCACUCAAAUGAGCUCAGUGCAAGUGAAGAUCAUGAAAACUCUGUUCGUCGACUACAAAACGCCGACGAUGGCGGAGUGCGAGGGCUUGGGGCGCGAAAUCGGCCUGCCGAAGCGCGUGGUGCAGGUUUGGUUCCAAAACGCGCGUGCCAAAGAGAAGAAGGGCAAACUCGCCUUGCACAAGGUUCUCGGACAACCGGACGGCGACAAUCCCACCGUGCCCGACGACUGCAGGUUCUGCAGCUUCAAGUACUCGCACAAGUACUCGAUUCAGGAUCACAUCUUCACCAAGACUCACAUUGCGAACGUUCGCAUGUACUAUGAGGCGCAGGCGGCGCAGGCCGGCAAAGACUCGCAGGACGGCAACGAGUUUCAAGUGCCUCAACUGCCCAGCUGCUCGGGCAGCAGCAACACCGACCCGAACAACCCCCAAGGUGCCGGCCAGCAGAACAACAACACCCAUCAUGCGGACUAUUUGCAGCAGGCCGCCAAACAGCAGGAAGACAGUGCAGCUGAGAGCCUGUUCCAACCGUUCUACGCCAGCAACUUUGGCGUGCAGAACCAGUACGUGCACCACGCGAUGUUUGGAGCCAACGGCGGAGCCGGAGGACUGCUUCUAGACACCGGAAAUGGCCCGUCCUUCCUGCCCCUACCACCUCAAGUGCUGCAGCAAGUGGCGCAAAACAACUCAGAACCGGGAGUGACUACUCUCAAACUCCCCGAUCUCAACUACAGCAGGCCUGCCGAUUUGCCUGCGCGCGAAGUGGACAUUGAGCUGUGCUUCGUCUGCAAGAAGUGCAGGAUGGCGUAUCCUAGCGACUCGGCGCUGUUGGCCCAUCAGCGACAAUGCUACGGGCCGAAUCAGGAUAGUAGGGGCACUUUCCGGAUAGUCCAGACCGGCUACGAGUGCAGACCAUGCAACAACGGUGAGAAAUUUAAAACUUUAAUUGACAUGCAGGGACAUGUCCAAUCGGAGGCACAUCAGCGCCACAUGACCGGAAGCGAAAGCUCGCUGAGCCAAGAGAUAGAGGACGUGGUCAAUCAGAUUACGCUGUUGGCCACGCGAGCUGCGCAAGAAGCCCCACAAGGGCACAUACUUGACUCCAAUUCGAAUGGGUUCUGUCAACCGGCGGAACCAAAACGGAGGUUCCUCAGUCCGACGCAUGCCUUGACCAGUGCGGGCCACUAAAAAAGUCAGAAACCCAACCAAAACCAAGCCAAUCACAACCACCAUCCAGACCGACAAAGAUAGAACGAUUGACUAACUAAUCAACGUAGCUGUGUAAAAUAAUAUUGUUGUAUGUAACAUAGAAGAAGUAGGGUUAUGUUUCCUAUAAUUGCAACUGAUAGUUACUAUUAAGUCGAAGCAGGCGACGGAACCAGUGGAAAACCGGCUGAACCCGUCAGCCUGCCAAUGCCAGUUCCUGCAAUUUUUUGUGUAUGUAAAUAGUGAAAUUUGAAAACUGCGACAUGAAAUGUUCCUAAAUGUAACCUAAAUCUCGCGUAACCGAUAUACCGGGGCGAACCAAAAAUUAAAAAAAAACGCUCAAUUUUUUGACGUUAUUUGGUUCGUUUGGGUUUAUCUACACUGCAUGCGCCUAAUUGCGGCGUCAGUAAAGCAAGUUCCUAUAGGGCGUGGUCUCUAAUCUGGUCCUCACCAAGGCACCAAUCGCAAAAUAGGGGCCGCCCCUAAUUUUUACUUAUUAUUGAAUAAUGAAUAUUUGCAAAUGAAACUUUUUUAUUAGAUACAUGAACUUCUGUUGAUCACUCUGUAUUCCGUGAUGACGUUUCCUGUCAACAAUGUGGCCAAUGGCGGCCGCCUUGCUGGCACAAAACCAACACUAACUGUAUAUGUAUAUUUAUAUGUAACUGAAGAUAUCAUACUAGCGGGAGAAACGUUGUGCUUUUUUGAGUAUUUCGCAUGAAACUCUUAAAUAUCCCUCGAUCUGACAAACUUGGUUCCUACUAAUAAUAAUACUAAUUAAUUAUAAAAAAAGUACAGUGGUCUAAGGCGACGAUGCUCGGCCCGGAACAGUUUUGGUGUCACUCAGGCAGCAGUGGCGUGCGGAUUGCGAAGGGUAAGUGAUCAUUAAGUGUUAUUUAAAGUGCAAUAUUCAAGUUAUUCGAAUCGGUUUUGUCCAUAGUUUUCCAAUCCACCGUAUAAGAACUAUUCGAGUAACCCCUGUACUACUCAAUAAUUAAUUUAGUUCAGUUGUUAACUCGUGAGUUUUACCAUCUCGGAAGAUGCAAGGCGCUCGGGCUUGCCAAACGUCGGGAAAAACUAGUUUCCACUGCAACCACCUAAAGGCCUGAAAACCUCAUCAGUUUCAUCUUGAUUUGAGUAUGUUUACAUCGCAGUCUAUAGACUUAAGCAAAGCAAGAUUGUAUGCAAUUUCUUAUGGUCUUUAAAGGGGAGUGUCGCGAUUGGCCAAAAGAAUGGCGUGAUGUGCCAAGCCACAGUUUUUCUUCAAUGGGACCGAAUCUUUGAAAAAUCUACCACAAAUGGAAAAACAGUGGUUUAACCAAAGAUGGUCGAUUGGGUUCAGAUCGGGAGAUCGCGAUGGCCAUUUCAAAACAUCGUUCUCUUUCUUUCAAACUUUCAUGUUGUUCUCUCUCAUUUUCAUUGUUUUUGUUUUCAUGUUUUUGAAUAGUUGUACAAAUUUUCAAAACUCACUCGAAUUGAAACGGAAACAAAAUUGACUACAGGGAAGCUGAGCAAAGUUGCCCGGAAAAGGGCGCAAUUAAGAUGUGAAAAAAACUAUGGGCAAAAUCCAUUCCAUUAUCGCUUGCUUUAACUUUUCCAAUCCCAUGCGCGGUUUCGGGACACUAACACAUCAUCAGGGGCGCGUCGCCCGGCCAACGAAUAGUUAUUAUGUUUUUUCGUUGGAUUCCAACAUGAUCGCAUAUAUAUAUAGUCGUAGAUAUAUAUAUUAAAAAUUUUAACUAUUAGGUUUAACGUAUCCAAAAUAACUCAAAAAUGGGAAACGCCACUCGGUUGGUGUGACCUGCCUCGCAUUAAAAAAGUGAGUUUUCUUGGAACAAUGUGUGAUUGUUGAAUAUAGAAGUUGCUAAUGAAGUCGAUGAUUUUGGUUGAUCGGGGUUUCACUUUGGGUGUAAAUUCAUGGUUUAGAACGUUUGAACAUUGAACUAACAGCAAUUCGGGAGAUGGAAAAGUGAAACCCUGAUGAGAAAUCAGCAGGCCAUUUGGCCUACAAAAGUGAAUCAUUAUACGAUUAUUAUUAAUAUUCAAUACUAUUAAAUGUUUUGCUAUUUGUGAACAUUUCGAUGUGUUUAUCAUUGGUUUUAUAUGGUGGUUUUCGUGGCCGGUGUCGCCCAAAAAUCUAGUUCCUACCGUUCAUAUCUCUUAGCUUAGAUUUUCACUUUCAGGAUAUUAUUCAAAUACUGUUUAACUGUCGCUUUACACUGUUGAUCUGACAUUUUGUUGCUCUCUUUAAUACUAUUAAUAUCUGCGUUAAUACUCAGAUUUACCUAUGGAUUUGUGCUGCUCUACUAACAAAGAUGCUUAUACUGACUGCUACUAACCCUUUUUCCUUGGUUUUGUUGAUUUGAAUUUGUUUUACUGGCCCCCCAUCCUCGGUUUUUUCGGAUUAUUAUUUACAAUUUUUGGCAGCAUGCAGUUUUUUUUCUGUUCGGAAGUUCUUUUUGGUUUUUUCGGUUGCGAGACAAACAAUUCCCCGGUUUAUAGGCAUCUUUGUACAUACCCAUGCGUUAUUUCCCAGUUGAGAAAUGUCAUUAGGUUGCCAUUAUUUUAGGCUUUAGAUACUGUUUAGUUGAUAAUCAUUAUUCUCGAAUUGUUAUUUUUUUGCUGACUAAGACUUCGUACUCGAAAAGUGAUUUUUAGUUUCUAAGGUGUAGAAUAUCUAGCUUAUUUAUUUUCCUUGUGAUGUACAUAAGAACGAGUUAAGUUAAUUGACACGCUAUUCUUGAGAGAGAUUGUUAAUUUUCGGCGAUAUUACCAUUCAGUUUCCAUUUUUUUUUCAGAAACAAAACGGAUUGUUUGGCAUAGUUUUCCAGUUCACAACAAAUGAAUACUAAUAAUAAUAAUAGUGACAGUUGUCGCACGGACUUUCCAGACGUAUCACGCAAACGAUCCGAAGUAAACGUACUCAUUUUUCCACAGUGGUCGCAAACAAAAUAAGUCAAUCAACAGAGCGAUCGGUCGUUACGUGAUAAAUCCGGGACCGAGUGCGAGCGCUCUCUAAUAUCUAAUAGGUAAAUGUUUGUAUCCUACGGCUUAAAUGCCGCCUCUCAAUUUGUGAGUGUAUAUGAAAGUCAAAAUAAACUAAAUAGUUUAUCAUA